CUCAUUUCUGUUGUGCUCCAUUCAGAAACACCCGCCGCCGCGAUACAAAAAACAUGGCAGCGCAGAUGUCAACCCCAAAAGUGCCAGAGGUGCGAGAUCUCACCAGGAUAGAGAGAAUCGGCGCACACUCACACAUUCGAGGCCUUGGUUUGGACGAUGCUUUUGAACCACGACAGGUGUCUCAGGGCCUGGUUGGGCAGCUGGCAGCUCGACGUGCGGCUGGUGUAAUAUUGGGGAUGAUUAAAGAAGGACACAUUGCUGGACGUGCAGUGCUUAUUGCAGGCCAGCCUGGAACGGGCAAGACCGCCAUAGCCAUGGGUAUCGCUCAGUCACUUGGUCCGGACACGCCUUUCACUGCGAUGGCAGGAAGUGAGAUCUUCUCUCUGGAGAUGAGCAAGACAGAGGCCCUGAGCCAAGCCUUCCGCAAAGCCAUCGGAGUCCGAAUCAAAGAGGAGACAGAGAUCAUUGAGGGAGAAGUGGUGGAGAUUCAGAUUGACAGACCUGCAACAGGAACGGGUGCGAAAGUUGGCAAGCUGACCCUGAAGACUACUGAGAUGGAGACCGUCUAUGAUCUAGGCAAUAAAAUGAUUGAAAGCCUUACUAAAGAGAAGGUCCAGGCUGGGGAUGUGAUCACCAUCGAUAAAGCCACAGGGAAGAUCUGCAAACUGGGCCGGGCUUUUACCCGAGCCCGAGAUUACGAUGCCAUGGGAGCGCAGACGCAGUUUGUGCAGUGUCCAGAGGGGGAGCUGCAGAAGCGUAAAGAGGUCGUACAUACAGUCUCGCUGCACGAGAUCGAUGUGAUUAACAGCCGCACUCAAGGGUUCCUGGCUCUGUUCUCAGGAGACACAGGAGAGAUUAAGUCGGAGGUGCGUGAGCAGAUCAACGCCAAAGUUUCAGAGUGGAGAGAGGAGGGGAAGGCAGAGAUCAUUCCUGGGGUCCUCUUUAUAGAUGAAGUCCACAUGUUAGACAUGGAGUGUUUCUCCUUCCUUAACCGAGCCUUGGAGAGCGAUCUCUCUCCCGUCCUCAUCAUGGCAACCAACCGUGGCAUCACCAAAAUCCGAGGCACUACCUAUGAGAGUCCUCAUGGCAUUCCUAUAGACAUGCUGGACCGAAUGCUGAUCGUCACCACGUCUCCCUACACUGAGAAAGAGACCAGACAGAUCCUUAAGAUUAGGUGUGAGGAAGAGGAUGUGGAGUUGAGUGAGGAAGCUCACACAGUGCUGACACGUAUUGGAAUGGAGACGUCGCUCCGCUACGCCAUUCAGCUCAUCAGCACUGCAGGCCUGGUGUGCCUUAAACGCAGGGGUACUGAGGUUCAGGUGGAGGACAUUAAACGCGUCUACUCUCUCUUCCUGGAUGAGGCACGCUCCUCACAGUACAUGAAGGAGUACCAGGACUCCUUCCUUUUCAAUGAAACACAAUCAGGUCAGAUGGACACAUCUUAAGGAAGGCUGAGGGGAAAAGCUUUUUUAUACGUUUCUGUGAUGUUCCUCUAACUCAUAUACUGAUGGCUGUGAAGCGCUUUUCCUUUUUACAAGGAGUUUAGUAGAAAUCCUCAUUCAAUGCACAUUAUGAAUUUUUUUACAAAAAAUAACCAAUCCUUUCUGUUUGGCCUUUUAUUGUUUUGUUUGUUUGCCUUUAUGUUGGGCAGAUUGGCUUUGUGCCACUUAAGGUAUUACUUUUCCAUAAAAGAAACAAAAUUAAAGACGUUGUGAAACGA